CGCGAGCCCGGGGAUCUGCGGCCUCCGCGGCCCCCCUCCCCCGCCCGCCCUCUCGUGGAGCCCGGCGCCGGCGGCGGCUGCCUGGGCGGGGGGUUGCGGCGCUCAGGAGAGGCCCCGGCUCCGCCCCGGGCCUGCCCAGGGGGAGAGCGGAGCGGUCUGCAGCCGGGUCGGGUCGGGGCCCCUCCCGGGAGGAGCGUGGAGAGGCGGCGGCGGCGGCAGUAGAAAUGAUGGAAGAAUUGCAUAGCCUGGACCCACGACGGCAGGAAUUAUUAGAGGCCAGGUUUACUGGAGUUGGUGUUAGUAAGGGGCCACUCAAUAGUGAGUCUUCCAACCAGAGCUUGUGCAGCGUGGGGUCCUUGAGUGAUAAAGAAGUAGAGACUCCUGAGAAAAAACAGAAUGACCAGCGAAACCGGAAAAGAAAAGCUGAACCGUAUGAAACUAGUCAAGGGAAAGGCACUCCUAGGGGACAUAAAAUUAGUGAUUACUUUGAGUUUGCUGGGGGAAGCGGGCCAGGAACCAGCCCUGGCAGAAGUGUUCCACCAGUUGCACGAUCCUCACCGCAACAUUCCUUAUCCAAUCCCUUACCGCGGCGCGUAGAACAGCCCCUCUAUGGUUUAGAUGGCAGUGCUGCAAAGGAGGUAUCGGAGGAGCAAUCCGCUCUGCCAACCCUGAUGUCAGUGAUGCUAGCAAAACCUCGGCUUGACACGGAGCAGCUGGCGCAGAGGGGAGCCGGCCUCUGCUUCACUUUUGUUUCAGCUCAGCAAAACAGUCCCUCUUCUACGGGAUCUGGCAACACAGAGCAUUCCUGCAGCUCCCAAAAACAGAUUUCCAUCCAGCACAGACAGACCCAGUCUGACCUCACAAUAGAAAAAAUAUCUGCACUAGAAAACAGUAAGAAUUCUGACUUAGAGAAGAAGGAGGGAAGAAUAGAUGAUUUAUUAAGAGCUAACUGUGAUUUGAGACGGCAGAUUGAUGAACAGCAAAAGAUGCUAGAGAAAUACAAAGAACGAUUAAAUAGAUGUGUGACAAUGAGCAAGAAACUCCUUAUAGAAAAGUCAAAACAAGAGAAGAUGGCAUGUAGAGAUAAGAGCAUGCAAGACCGGUUGAGAUUGGGCCACUUUACCACUGUCCGACAUGGGGCCUCUUUUACUGAACAAUGGACAGAUGGUUAUGCUUUCCAGAACCUUAUCAAGCAACAGGAAAGGAUAAAUUCACAGAGGGAAGAGAUAGAAAGACAACGGAAAAUGUUAGCAAAACGGAAACCUCCUGCCAUGGGACAGGCACCUCCAGCAACCAAUGAACAGAAACAGCGAAAAAGCAAGACCAAUGGGGCUGAAAAUGAAACGUUAACAUUAGCAGAAUACCAUGAACAAGAAGAAAUCUUCAAACUCAGAUUAGGUCAUCUUAAAAAGGAGGAAGCAGAGAUCCAGGCAGAGCUGGAAAGGCUAGAAAGGGUUAGAAAUCUACAUAUCAGGGAACUAAAAAGGAUACAUAAUGAAGAUAAUUCACAAUUUAAAGAUCAUCCAACGCUAAAUGACAGAUAUUUGUUGUUACAUCUUUUGGGUAGAGGAGGUUUCAGUGAAGUUUACAAGGCGUUUGAUCUAACAGAACAAAGAUAUGUAGCUGUGAAAAUUCACCAGUUAAAUAAAAACUGGAGAGAUGAGAAAAAGGAGAAUUACCACAAGCAUGCAUGUAGGGAAUACCGGAUUCACAAAGAACUGGAUCAUCCUAGAAUAGUUAAGCUGUAUGAUUACUUUUCACUGGACACUGACUCGUUUUGUACAGUAUUAGAAUACUGUGAGGGGAAUGAUCUGGACUUCUACCUGAAACAGCACAAAUUAAUGUCGGAGAAAGAGGCCCGAUCAAUUAUCAUGCAGAUUGUGAAUGCUUUAAAGUACUUAAAUGAAAUAAAACCUCCCAUCAUACACUAUGACCUCAAACCAGGUAAUAUUCUUUUAGUAAAUGGUACAGCAUGUGGAGAGAUAAAAAUCACAGAUUUUGGUCUUUCCAAGAUCAUGGAUGAUGAUAGCUACAAUUCUGUGGAUGGCAUGGAGCUAACGUCACAAGGUGCUGGUACUUAUUGGUAUUUACCACCAGAGUGUUUUGUGGUUGGGAAAGAACCACCCAAGAUCUCAAAUAAAGUUGACGUCUGGUCAGUGGGUGUGAUAUUCUACCAGUGUCUUUAUGGAAGGAAGCCUUUUGGCCAUAACCAGUCCCAACAAGACAUCCUACAAGAAAAUACUAUUCUUAAAGCUACUGAAGUGCAGUUCCCACCAAAGCCAGUAGUAACGCCUGAAGCAAAGGCAUUUAUUCGACGAUGCUUGGCCUACCGAAAGGAGGACCGCAUCGAUGUCCAGCAGCUGGCCUGUGACCCCUACUUGCUGCCUCACAUCCGAAAGUCGGUCUCCACAAGUAGCCCUGCUGGAGCUGCUAUUGCAUCAACCUCUGGGGCGUCCAAUAACAGUUCUUCGAAUUGAGACCCACUCCUAGGCCACAAACUGUUCAACACGCACAAAGUGGACAAAUGGCAUUCAGCAGCGGGUUUGGAACAUAGCGAAUCCGAAUGGAUCUCAUGAAACCUGUACCAGGUGCUUUUAUUUUCUUGCUUUUUUCCCAUCCAUAGAGCAUGACAGCAUCGAUUCUCAUUGAGGAGAAACCUUGGGCAGCUCUGGCCAGGCCUCAUAGGAAAAGGCCGUGCCUGAGGUUCCGGCGUCAUCGGCCACUGCGUGUGGCUGCUCUGAGUGAGGAAAAAAUUUAAAAGAAAAACUGGUUCCAUGUACUGUGAACUUGAAAACAUGCAGACUCAGGGGGGUCCCUGAUGCAGUGCUUCAGAUGAAGAAUGUGGACUUGAAAAUACAGACUGGGCUAGUCCAGUGUCUAUAUUUAAACUUGUUCUUUUCUUUUAAUAAAGUUUAGGUAACAUCUCCUGAAAAGCUUGUAGCACAAAGGCUCAGCUGGGGAUGGUGUUUGACUUCGGAGGAAAAAAGUUGCUAUUGCCCGUUAAAGGCACUAGAGUUAGUGUUUUAUCCCUAAAUAAUUUCAAUUUUUAAAAACAUGCAGCUUCCCUCCCCCCUUUUUUAUUUUUGAAAGAAUACAUUUGGUCAUAAAGUGAAACCCGUAUUAGCAAGUACGUGGCAAUGUUCAUUCCAGUCAGAUGCAGCUUUCUCCUCCGUCUGGUCUCCUGUUUGCAAUUGCUUCCCUCAUCUCAGUAGGGAAAAAAUUGAGUGGGAGUACUGAGAUGUGUGGGUUUUUGCCAUUGGACAAAGAAUGAGGUUAGAAGACUGCAGCUUGGAGUCUCUCUAGGUUUUCAACUAUUUCUUCACAAUUUGAACACUUGAUGGUUGUCCCUUUUAAUUUAUUUGAAGUGCUAUUUUUUUAAAUAAAGGUUCAUCUGUCCA